AAAAAAUAUACUUUACCUUGUUCUUGAAGGACACAGUACGUCACCAGAUGCGUACUCUUGGAGAUGAUCUGAAGCGUGGAGAUGUUAUCCUAGCAAACCAUCCUAAAGCUGGAGGCUCCCACCUACCUGACCUGACAGUCAUCACCCCUGUCUUCUACGAGGACAGCAUCAAGCCAGUUUUCUUUGUGGCAAAUAGAGGACAUCAUGCAGAUAUUGGUGGUAUCAGUCCUGGGUCAAUGCCUCCUCAUUCUAAAUACCUAUGGCAGGAGGGGGCAAGCUUUAAAUCCUUCAAGAUAGUGAAGGCAGGAGAGUUCCAGGAGGAGGAACUUACUGCUGCUUUAAUGGCGCCUGCACAGUACCCGGGAUGCACUGGAACAAGAUUGCUGCAAGAUAACCUUUCGGACUUGAAGGCCCAAAUUGCUGCUAAUCACAAGGGUAUACAAUUGGUGUCAGAGCUCAUUGAUCAGUAUGGACUAGACGUGGUCCAGGCCUAUAUGGGGCACAUCCAGCAUAAUGCUGAGGUAGCAGUUAGAGAGAUGCUGAAGAUAAUUGGAAAGAAGGCGAAAGGUAUUUAAUUAUGGUAAAUAAUGGUCGUUUCGUUUGUAUAAGGAGAG